AUGCAGUUCUCCAACAUUCUCUUGGCCGCUCUUGCCACCGCUGGCUCCACCGUCAUGGCUGCUCACUGCGCGAUCGGAAGCUCUUACUUCUGCGAGGCCGACACUGCCAACUACUGCACCAAUGUCAAGGGACCCGGGGGCGUUAUGGUGUCUACUACUUGCGACGCUGACUGCUGCAACACUCUCAACGGCUGGGGAACCGGCUGCCCCAAAUAGAUAGACUAUGAGGAUAGAUGGUCUAGCGGAUUGGGAUCGAUUCAAUUUAGAUAGAAGG